AUGGUUAUUUCCUCUUUAUUCAGGGUGAGUGUUAUUCAGCCUCAUUACUCUGCAGAAUAUGGAAGCAACGUGACCAUGGGAUGUCGCUUUCCAACUGAAAAUUCCUUGAAUAUGGCACAAUUGAAUAUCUUCUGGCAGCAAAAACUGUCAGACGAAGUCAAGGAAGUUUACAAGCUCAUAAAUGGACAUGAAGACCUGUCAGGGCAACACCAACAUUUUCAAGGAAGAGUCACAUUAUUAUAUGAGGAAUUGAAAAGGGGCUAUUCUAUGCUACAUAUCACCCAUCUAAGGAUCACAGAUGCUGGAUGUUACCAUUGCGUUGUCAACUAUCGUGAAGCUGAUCACAAGUACAUUGACUUGGAAAUUGAAGCGCCUUACAAGAGGAUAAACAUCCAGGAAAGAAAAGAAGAAGAAGACCACAUUUUAACUUGCCAGGCAGAAGGGUACCCUCUGGCUGACGUUCUUUGGUUUUAUGAAAACAGAAUCAAUGACACGAUAUUUGCAAACACCACACAUAAGCUGACAGACACAGGACUUUUCAACAUAACCAGUGUCUUGAGAAUCAAACCAACUGCUCCUGGAAAUUACAGCUGCAUAUUCCAAAAUAAGGAAUGGAGGCAAACCUCAGCUCACAGAACAGUAUUUCUAAUAGGUAAAAAGAAUAAUGCAUUGAUUAUAUGGAAGUUUAAUCCUGGCAGAAAUGGAAAAGCUAGGGUUCCAACCAUAAAAAUGACAGAGGAUAAAAUGUGUUGUGUGAAUAGUUAG